AUGUGUGUUGACUACACCGAUCUUAAUCAAGCAUGCCCAAAGGAUUGCUAUCCAAUCCCAAUGAUCGACCAGUUGGUCGACACGACUUCAGGGCACGAGCUCCUCUCAUUCCUGGAUGCAUUCUCAAGGUACAACCAAAUCAAGAUGGCACUAGAGGAUCAGGAACACACUGCUUUCAUCACAAACCAAGGUGUCUACUUCUAUAAGGUCAUGCCAUUCGGGCUGAAGAAUGCCGGGGCAACCUACCAGAGAAUGAUGAACAAGAUGUUCACCCACCAAAUCGAGAGGAACAUGGAGGUGUACGUUGAUGACAUAAUCAUAAUAAGCAAGUUUGCCCGAACACAUCUAGUAGAUCUCGUCAAAACAUUCAGGACAUUGCGAAAGUUCGGCAUGCGUCUCAACCCUGCCAAGUGUGCCUUCGGGGUCAGCUCAAGGAAAUUCCUCAGCUUUAUCAUCCACAGGAGGGGAAUAGAUGCAAACCCGAAGAAGGUUCAAGCCAUCAUCAACAUGCAACCUCCCUGCUCGGUGAAGGAGACGCAGUGCUUGACCGGGAGGCUCGUUGCCUUGGCUUGGUUCCUCUCCCGUUCCAGGGACAAAUGCCUCCCCUUCUUUCGGAUACUGAAGAAUCCAAAGGACUUCAGAUGGACCUCAGAAUGUAAAGAGGCCUUUGAGCAGCUUAAGGAGCACCUGGCCCAGCUACCCUGA